GAUAGGAAGCAGAAGCAAACCCUCCCUAGCCUGAAAAAUUUCAGUAAAUCCCGUUUUUCAUUAAAUUCCAUAAAUUUCUGACAUUAAUAGCUUGAUCAUGGUGUUUUUGAGUAUCACAAACUUUGUGAGGUGCCGGGGACCUGAUGAGUUCUGGAGAAAAAGGCGGAUCUUUAGACUAGCGGCCCAUUACAUCGGUCGCCGCAGGAACUGUUACUCAAUUGCCGUUCGCAACGUCCACAGAGCACUUGUUUAUGCAACUAAAGCUAGAAAGUUGAAGAAGGAAGACAUGAAAGACUUGUGGACCACAAGGAUAACUGCAGCGUGUGAACAGCAUAAUAUUACAUAUUUUACUUUGAAAGAAGGCUUGGAUAGAGCAAACAUAAUGUUGGACAGAAAAUCACUUUCAGACUUGGCGUCCUGGGAACCACGCACAUUCGAGUCCCUGGCUGCAGUUGCCAAGCAAAAGAUGGUGGCUGACCAAUUUAUUGAUACCGUUGAUAAAAAUAAUCCAACAGGGGUAAAUCUAAAUCUUAGAGAUGUGAUGUUAGAUGUAUGGUUGAAGGAAAACAAGAAGUAAUAUCUGCAGUUUUAAUGUAAUAUUUUUUGGUCUAUUAGAAUAAAUAGAAACUAUUUAACAAA